AUGAAGGAGAAACAUACCAUCGGGUUCAUUUGGGCCAUGGCCAAAAUUGUUAAUCUUUUGCAAAAGAACAAACUGAUGAGUGAGCAGGUGGUCCUACAUUGGAAGGUCCUCUUUAUAUACUUUGCACACAUGUAUAUGCGGCGCGCCAUCCAUUUGGGGGGCGCCAAAAGGAAUGAAGUGGACGAGCGGCAGUAUGUCUCCUCCGUCCUUUCGCUCCAAAUGGGGGAAGCCGACUUGGCGAAACUGACCACCUCAGCGUUUUGCAGCGCGAGCGGGUUUGCCAAGUGUUUGUUCGAGUGGAGAGGGGGCAGCCACGGGGGGGGACACCCCCGAAAAGGGGAACACCCAGAAGGGAAACACCACCCAGGAGGGGACCCCCCCCCGAAUGACCUCUUCCGAAUUUUCAGCUCCCCCUCCAUCAGCGAAAUGGUCACCUCCGUGCAGAGGUACAUCCUGCAGAGAAUUGAACCCCCCCCGUUGGACAUAAAGACCAUCCUGAACUUCCUCGAAAUGGCUAGCCGAAAUUGGGGGGUCAAAUUCAAAGGCGAGAUGAUCGAAGUGCUGCUGGGCAAGCUGGAGGCCCCCCCAAAUCAGAUCCGCAACUUUACCAUUUUCAAUUUAUGCCGAUUUUUAAACCUGACGGUGAAUUACGGCCUUCAGAGGGGCAGAACGGAAGAGGCACACCUUCCAGCCAUCAUCGACUUGCUGCUGCGCGGGCAGAGUCACCCUUUUGGCUUGCCCCCCCAGGGAGGUGCCCACGACGGUGGUGCCUACAACUGUGCUGCUUACCGGGGUGCUUACCGGGGUGCCCAUGAAGGAGGGGACAACCUCCUCGCUGCCAACACUUUGGCGAACCGGGAAAGGCUAAGCCCGUGCAGUACGUGGCUCCUCAACGCUGACGAACGGGAUUUGUCCUCCCUCGUGAGGGACUUCUCCAGAUUGGCCGUCCGGAAUAAUCAGCUGUACAGAUUGCUCGUUGAGUGUUUUCUCCUCAAAAUGGGUUGUGGGCGGUGUGGCGGUAACCGUGAGUUUGAGCGUGGAAACACCCACAAAGCGGAAAAACAGAAGAGGGGCACCCAGCACACUGCCACAAGCACGAACAUGGCAACCACGCAGGAGAUGCGAAACUGGGUGGACAUCCUGGUGGGGCUAGCCAAUGCCAACUACCACUACGAUCCCUUUGUUGAGCGUUUCAUUCAAAUGAUGGUCAUAAAAAGAGGAAGCCUCUUCUUCACCGUGAAAAACAUCCCCAAUGUGGUUCUUUCCUUGAGGAGCCUACUCUCCCUGGGGCACGACCAAAUGGACACACUGUCCCACUUUUUCAAUUUCAUAAGCCGCAAUUUUAGGCAUGUGCAGAUGAAGCAGCUGAUAAUGAUUUUUUAUUCAACGUAUUGCCACAUUGUGCAGAGGUACAACCUGGCGGGGGCGAAAUACGUCGGGGCUGGCAAUUUGCUUUUCUCCGUGGAGGGGGGAGGCGGCGGUGAGGAAGUGGGCACAGAAGUGGGUGCGCAACUCAGCGUAGCGGUAGGUGCGGGGGGAGACCCAGGUGGACCCCCAUUUUGCGGGCGGGAGGACCCCCUGACCGACAUGUCACCCCAACGCACACCACACAGACUAACCAGCAGCGAUGCGCAUGGCCCAUCCCCACGUGAACAACUCGAAGCAGCCAGGGCACACCUGUUCCAACACCUGCACAAAUUGGAAGGAGCCAUAUUCCACAGAAGGCACGAAAUCGACUCCAUGCAGGGGUUGGUUAAUUUUUUCCUCGCCCUCUCCUGCACCAUAAACACAUUAUCGGUUGAACGGUACCACUUUUUUUACCAGUCAUUUUGGCGGAUACUAAAGGGGGAGGUGGAAGCGGACGGGAAAAUUGCAUCAGGGCGAAAUGUAGAGGACACGAUAAAGGCCCAAACGGUUGUUCAGAUCUGCCUGCUACAUUACAAAAACAACGUGGUGCACAAAACCCUUCUGUCGUAUUUGCUCUCCAUUCUGGAGACCCUCCCGCAGGUGGAUAUUCACAGCGUGUACCCCAUCACGUUUGUAUGUUGCCACUUCAAUAUAGUAACUGAGACCUUCUUGAAAUUUGCCUUGCGAGUUCUGCUGGGGGAGAUGGCGAAGGGGGAGCCUCGACAGGAAGGUGCCAAUGGUGCUAAUCGGGUUGGUCAGGCUAAUGGCAAUAGCGGUGCUGGUGGGAGGCACCACUUCGAGGAAGGGUCAAAUGGGGAAAGCGGCUGCCGGGUAGACCCCCCCACUGGAAGACACGCAGCAGAUAUUCACCACCUGCACAGUAACGAUCAACAGGACACAGUCAACAAAGUCGCCAAGUGCGCGUGGUCCCUACUUCUAAGUAGCGCCUUCCUGGAGAGCUCCAUAACCACCUUUGCCAAAAUGUGCAUCUUGCUAAGGAGAACAUUUGCCAGCAAAUUGCAUUGGAGGGAGGAGGACUACAACAUGAUGAGCCAAAUGUUGGUGUGUCUAAAUAUGUAUUACAAAAAAAACAAAAACCUUUUUCAAUCAAAGAAGGGACAGCUUCGCAGCCCCACCUCCUUUUAUAUACCCUACUGUGUAGUUAAAGAAACGGUGAGAAGGAACAAAAUGUCUUUCCAACAGAAAUUACACAUGUCCAGCUUUCAGUACAAACUAUGUGAAUAUUUGAAGAGGAAAAAAAUUAUGUACAAGUCAGAACAUUUCUUGAAGCGCGGUUUCGUCGUCGAUAUUUUGGUCCUGAAAAAAGGGGAGCCACAUCUCGUGCUGGAGGUGGACGGGAUUUACCAUUACAACAUGUCAACUGAUGAGAGGAACUACGAGGUUGAACAUAACGGAAUGCGCUUGUCCAAAAAUGGAAGGACAGCGUUCCGCAACAACGUGCUGCGAUUACUGUACGACUUGGAGUUUGUGUGCGUCCCCUGGUUUUUCUUUCUGCAGCCCAGGUCGUUCCAGCGCCUGGAGGGGUUGCUGUCUGGGAGGUCAUCGGGUUUGGCGCCGUGUGACCGGGGAGAUAGCGGAACGCGCUGA